AUUUCGCAGAAACUUCCAUCAACGAGGGACUCACGACUGUCCAUCUAAUCAAUCAUCAUUGAAGAGUUGCAUCAUCUUCCGUCGACAUCUUUCCAACCAACAGCGAGUAUAGACCUUAUGGUUCGGCACAGAAACCUAUCACCCUAUCUAUUCCGUACCCAGAACCGUUUCUUCGCCUUCUACCAUGUCUCCAACACCAGGGCUCCUUUUCGUGCGUAUGAAUCCUCAGAAUGAUCUUUCGCCCGCUGAGUUUCACGAUUGGUACAACAACGAGCACGGUCCGACACGGUUAAGACUGGCCUGUUGCGAGAAUGGGUUCAGAUAUCGUGCUUUGGACAUUGCUCGAACCCCAUACUCAGACUACCGAACCAGUGACACAUCAUCUGUUGCUAAACAGGACUCAUCCUAUAGUUCACCCAAGGCAGAAUGGUUGGCGAUUUACGAUAUCGAUGACAUGGCCGCCCUAGAGGAAGACAGCUAUCUGCGACUACGAUCACCACCUUGGAAAUCUGCGCGAGAGAUCUCUGUCAUGAGCCGCAUCAAUGUUGACCGCCGACUCUACGACCAGGUCUAUUCGACUGAAGUCGACAGCUACAAGCCUGUGGAUACCCUUCCAGAAGGCAAAAGCCGACUCAACAUCCUCAUUGUCGUCUCCCGCACCGUCCUAUCAUCUGAAGUCUCUGACCUGUUGCAAUGGUAUAAGGAUACAAGAAUUCCGGACCUCAAAUCCACACCAGAAUGGCGACGGACACGUCUCUGGCGCACCAGCAUUCCGGUGUCAGAGACUGCCCCAGCCACGACCGAGGUCCAGAUCAUCCACGAAUUCGCCGCCUCAGCUUCUUCGUCGGACCAGGCGUCGCUCGAACAAAAGGCCCGACAGUAUACUGUGGCCGACAGUGACUGGAAAUCGAGCACCUCCAACACUCCUGAUAUCCGCCCCUAUGAGUUGCACUACAUCUUCGGCUCAGCUCCACGACAUCUUAGUGCCACUGCGCCCUCGUACGAGCAUCCUCAAGAAGGGACCAAAACGGCAGGAGCUCAAGAUGCCGGCAAUGGCGGCGGCAAUGGUCGGUCGCGCGUGGAAAGCUACAUCUUCACCGCCGACGGAGUCAAGAUCCCAUAUCUUCUGGAAGGAUCGACAGACCCUGAGGCUCCGUUGAUUGUUCUAUCCAACUCUGUUCUCGUUGAUUGGCACAUCUGGGACGAGUUUGUGGACGACUUCCUCUCGAAACCGAGCAAUGCUGGAUACCGGAUCUUGCGAUACUCGACACGGGGCCGGACGAGCGAUUGCGGAACCACACCCAUCACCGUGGACGUCCUGGCGAGUGACAUCCCAGCACUCCUGAACGAACUUCGGGUAUCACAAGCUGCGGCCGCCAUUGGAGUCAGCUUGGGAGGUGCGACAGUCCUCAACUUUGCAUUGCGAUAUCCAGACCGCGUCGCCGCGGUCAUUUCCUGCGACACCAACUCGAGCAGCCCACCCGGAAACUCCAAGUUAUGGCUGGACCGGAUCGCGAUUGCGAAAAAGGAAAACGCCACAGGCGCCAACGCCCAAGGCCAACAGGAGCCCAUUAUUGGCGAAGAGCUCGCAGAGGUCACGGUCAGGAGAUGGGCGGUGCCCGAGAGCUACGACGGAGGCUAUCUCGAGUCAAAGCUGCAGCAGGUCAAACAGUCAGUGAGAGUCAACUCCCUUUCGGGGUUCGAGGCCGUCGUCAAAGCCUUGUGGGAAUAUGACCUGCGCCCGAUGAUGCCCACCGCUACGGUCAAGGCCAUCUUCGUGGUUGGCGCUGGAGAUGGCAAGCUGCCGACCUCGAUGAAGGAGAUGGCAGAUUCAUAUGCCGGUGGAGUGCCGCUCAAGGUCGUCGAGGGAGCUGGUCAUUUGCCCAUGGUGGAGAAGCCACUUGAAUUCUCGAGUAUUGUCACCGAGUUUCUCUCCGGAUAAAUAAGCAG